AUGCUCGUCAUUCCUCCACCCCAGGUCAACCGAUGGAGUGAAUGUGUCAGGUCCCAAGCGAACUGCCCUUCGCCCUCACGUGGGUGUUAUUUUUUUAACUUAUCGUUGACCCAGGUGCACAAACAAACCCCGCGUUGGAAAAUGGCAGAGAAGCUGGGUUCUCUGAGCGAAGAGCCCGAAGCGCAGGAGCCCGCUGGAGGGCAGGACAAGUCUUCAAAGAAGACGGGAGAUUUGCUGGCAAUCGUGAAGAAACUUCAAAAAGAGGGAAGCCUGGAGCCGCAGAUUGGGGAUCUGAUUAACCGGAUCAAUGAGCUUCAGCAAGAGGCGGUGAUGAUCCUCCGACAGCACUGCCAGGAGUGGGACACUGAGGCGCCGAGGUUGGAUGUGGAAGAGCAGCUGGAGGAUCUGAUGGACCAGCACAAGGACCUCUGGGAGUUCCAUAUGCUGGAGCAGCGACUGGCCCAGGAGAUUGGCAUUCUAGAGCGCAGCAAGGAGCAGCUGCUGGCAGAGAGGACCAUGCUUCGGGCCAGGCUGCAGGAGGUGGAGCAACGGCUGCUCUCGGCCAGGGAAGUUCAGGGCGCCCCUGCCGAGAAGCUUGGGUGAGUGGGUGCCCCUUGCGGGGUCUUUGGACCCGUCUCUGGCUUCCUAACGCCCCCCUGACUCUCACUCUUCGCCCUCGGCUCCUCGGCCUGGUCCCCGCAGGCUGAAGGCGGAGUUUGAGAAAUUCGAGGGACA